AUGGCGAGACUAUCAGAUCUACCAAGUGAACUUCUCUUCGAGAUUAUUGACCUCGUGGUUACCUCUAUCCACUGGCCGGAGGAGAGCAAACGCUACCGGCCAGUAGACGAUACAGGCCUAUUCCCUAGAAACAUAUAUUGCGUCCCUAAGCUGAAACUCGACGGACGACACCCUGCACUGAAUCUAUUACUCACGAGUCGGAAGCUUUACUUGGAGACGCACACCUACCUCUCAAAUAAGCCACAGACCCUCGACCUCGAUGUUGCAAUCAUUGACGACCAUUGGAUUUGGCCAACGUGGCGAAAUCUGCCCGUGCGAAAAGACGGCGCCUUUGACCGAAUCGACGUCCAUUUCAUUCUUUGCUGCACUGAACACGAGCGGUCACUACAACAUGAGUGGAAUACGGACUCCGUAGCAGGUUCUUGCAAGAGCACGGAUAAGGACUGUCGGCCAGCUACAAGGUACUUGAACUGGCGGGCAUUGAAUCCACUCAACAACCUCGUUAGUAGCGAGAACAUCGACGCUUCUGUCGUCAACACGCUCUCCGACUUCAUGGAACAGCCCUUUUCAGGCGAACCAACAGGACGUCCGUUCAUCUUCAAGACCAAAACGCUAGCGUUCCAUAUCGAUACGAGUGUCUACAGAGACGGGAACAGACUCCUAAGUAAAUCAGAAGUGCCGGUGAGAGCAAUUCAUCAACUCGCCCAUCUCUACUUCAAACAACUUUACCCCGCCAAUGUCGAGAGAGCAAAAUAUUUCCUGAACGAUGUGCAGGAGUAUGUCCAAAUCUGGUUUCAACAAUGGAAAGAGAAUGAACAGGUUUCGCCGAGAGUUGAAAAAGUCUUAUUCUGCAUUGAUGGGGCGACUGUGCGAGAGCUAGAUCCGGCUCAAUAUGCACAAGGAGUUAGCAAAGACUGA